UUCAUUUCAUCAGCAGAGCUGGAGUCCAGAUCAAACAACUCAGAAACAAACAGUGAUCCAAACGUUUUUGGCCCAACUUCACCAACUUACAGGAAGUUUGGCUGAACGCAAAGAUCCAGGAGUAAAAAUGAAGGCAGAGGAUGUCUUGAAAGCUUUGGAGGAAUUAAGUGAGGAAGAGCUUAAAAAAUUCAAAUGGUUCCUGCAGCAACCUGAGACUCUUCCUGGACUCCCAACGAUCAAGAGGGCAUAUCUUGAAAAAACCCAAAGCAUUGACAUUGUGGACUUGAUGGUGCACACCUUCACACUUCAAAAAUGCCUGGAGGUGACCAGCACAAUUUUAGAGAAAAUGAGCAGGAAUGACCUGCGGCAGAGAUUAAUUCGCUAUGAAAAUCCAGAAAACAAGAUGGAUCGGCCUGUGGCACCUCCACGUCUGACGAAACAAAGGCUGAUGAAGUCAAUGAAAAACCUGGAGGACAGGAUGUGUGGGAAGCACUUAAAACCUCUGGAGCUGUUCUGUAGGACCGACCAGACCCAUGUCUGUGCAUUCUGUGUUUUAGACCACAAGAACCACGAGCUGGUUCCUUUGAGAGAAGAAUCUGAAGGAAAGAAGGCAGAGCUGAGGAAGACGGAGGCUGAAGUUCAGGAGAUGAUCCAGGAGAGACGACUGAAGAUCCAGGAGAUCAGAGAGUCGGUGAAGAUCAGUAAAGAUGCUGCAGACAGAGAGAAAGCAGAAGGUGUUCAGGUCUUCACAGCUCUGAUAGAGUCUGCUGAGAGAGGCCUGAAGGAGCUCCUCAAGGAGAUCCAAGACAAACAGGAAACUACAGAGAAAGAGGCUGAAGACUUCAUCAGAGAUCUGGAACAGGAGAUCUCUGAGCUGAAGAAGAGGAGCUCUGAGGUCAAGCAGCUCUCACAGGAUGAAGAUCACCUCCACCUCCUCCAAAGCUUCUCCUAUUUGACAGAUGCUCCACCUGUCACGCACUGUGUAGAGGAAAGAGUUCAUCCACCAUCAUAUGAGGGGACUGUGAAGAGAGCUGUGAGCCAGAUGAAGGAGACUCUCUGGGCAGAUAUGGAGAAGAGGUUGGAGAUGAAGAGGAUCCAGCAGUUUGCAGUGGAUCUGACUCUGGAUCCUGAUACGGCUCAUCCUAAACUCAUCCUGUCUGAUGAUAAAAAGCAAGUGAAACAUGGAAAUGUUUGGAAGAAUCUUCCAGAGUAUCCAGAGAGAUUUUCUCUGUUUACUAAUGUUUUAGCAGAGCAGAGUUUCACUACAGGCAGAUUUUACUUUCAGGUUCAGGUUACAGGAAAGACUGACUGGGAUUUAGGAGUGGCCAGAGAAUCUGUUGAGAGGAAGGGAGAGACUGAUCUGAGUACUGAGAACGGUUUCUGGACUAUUAUAUUGAGAAAUGGAAAUCGGUACGUACCAGGUGAUGACGAUUCAGUUAAUCUCCAUCUCCAUCCUGGUCCUCAGAAGGUGGGGGUGUUUGUGGAUUAUGAGGAGGGUCUGGUCUCCUUCUAUGAUGUAGAUGCUGCAGCUCUGAUCUACUCCUUUACUGGCUGCUGCUUCAAGGAGAAACUCUACCCAUUCUUUAGUCCUUUUCUUAAUCAAGGUGGUACAAACUCUGCUCCUCUGAUCAUCUGUCCUGUUAAUCAAGGUGGUUGUUGCUAAAUCACCUUGAAGAAUAAAUCAAAGACACUCUGCAGGUAAAGUCCUGCUGGUGGAAAAGUGAAAUAAUCUUUAAUUUGUCCUCAACAGUUCAGUUCGUAGCUGGAUUAUUUGCUGCAGUUACGUCUGAUUGUUUAUAUUUUUCUCCACAUUCUGAAAUUUUAUUUUAUUCUUGUAAUUCUUGAAACCAUUACAUUUUACUUGUUGGAUAAUUACUAUUAAUAUAAAAUUUCUUAUCCAGAAAAAUUAUUUCCGUUUCACAUUUUUCCUGUGAAAUAUUUGUGGGUAAAAACAAAUCAUUGGUAAAAGUAAAAAAAUUUUAAUGAUUGCUGCUGAUAUUUAUUAAUAUUUGGACUUAAAUAAAGACAAUAGUAAAGGAAACAUAAGUUGCUUUAUUUAUUUAUUACAGCAGUCAUCUUAACUAAUCUGCUUACAGCAGAUCUGUGUUAACAAACCACACCAUGUGGCUAAUGUCCUGUCUCUACAG